GCUCUCUGUCCAUGUCAUCUGCACCACCGCCCUGGCUGGGUCACAGGAUCGUUGCAUCAUUGUGUGGAUACAUCAUUCGACACCUUGCCGCCCUGGUCGGCUCGGUUGCCUCCGGAACUGCUCUGGUUACAUUUGUUGGCUUCUGCGUCCCUAUCCCAUCCUCCACCACCCCUAUUUGUCAUGCACGGUCCGGCUGGACUCUGACAUGGCCAUGGGCCAAUUGGUUGCGCGAGCAGAGUUCAGGUCCAUUGUCUCUGCCGUAGCCUCGGCAUAUGUACUCUUCACAGCUUAGUAUGGAGCUACUGGCGUAUUACCAGGUCGUCCCAUGGCUGCCUCGAUUACCAGCCCUUACGCUGCCGGACCGGCGGCCCCGGCGAGCAUCGGAUCAGUGUUCCAGCACAACAUUGACGCUUCUCCAGACUCUCUGUGUUUUUCGCCACCCCCUUUCCAGCACUCCGCUCCCAUGAGCGCACAUCGGCCUUCGGAGCGGCUCUCAUCCCCAGAAGAGCCUUGCGGCAGUGCCUUGGACGAGCCUGGGAACAUCGACGGUAGCCAUCGGAGCGAACAGCAUUCACUUCAAAUAUCCAGCGGCUCCCGUAUUCUCUUCCAGCUCGCUUCCGACCAUGACGCUUCCAUCAACCGUCACAUCAAAUUGCUGGAGAGCGCCGUCCUGAACACACUGAUACAAACCAAGCAGAGCCUCGCAGCUACCCCGUCCAAGGACAGCAGCGUGUCCUCCUCGGCUCAGUCGCCAACAUCGUCUUCCUCGUCUCUCGCAGCCUCCGUGUCGGCGUUUUCCCGCCCGUUGCUUCCGAAACUGCCAGGCGUCAUGCCACCCGCUGCCGACGACGACGAGUCCGAUGGUGAAGUGUGUCCCGAAAAACCCUUCUGUUGCGAGGAGUGCGGCAAGCGCUACAAGAAACUCAAUGGUCUGGUCUACCACCGUCAAGUGACUCACUCGGUCCUGUCGGCUGAAGACCCCAAGCCUUUCAAGUGUUACAUGUACAACUGCGAUAAAACCUAUCGAAAUUCGAAUGGACUCGCCUAUCAUCUUGAAAAGUCUCAUGGCGAGGGCAGCUGGGUUCGGACUCCCCGAAAACCAAAGCCAAAGCCGAGCCCAAAGAACGGCCCACAGAGUCCAGUCGAAAAGCACUAUGUCUGUCCAUUCGAGGGGUGUGGAAAAGCCUACAAAAAUGCGAACGGCCUGGUGUACCACCUGCAAAAGGGCAAGCUCCGAGACCACGACUGCCUGAUCGAGGAGAUUCUGCGAGGCCUCGACAAUGGCCACUCUAAUCAGGCCAACACCCAGAUCAAGCUGUGUGCACAUGCACUGGCAAAGUCAUCGAAGCAGCUUUCGACAACGCCUCCGGCUUUGACGCCGGUGAUGGAAAUGCCCACAGCCUCAUUGUUGGUGGAUGCUGAGCACGAAUCGUCCUUGCCUAGGCCCUCCCCGGGUCUGGGGCAACAAUCUGCCAACGCUCCAGAGACGCCGCGCAAACGCAAGCUGAGCAGCCCCGAUCCCGAAAUACCCGAGUACCAUCUUCCGAAUCUCGAUUCGACGUCUUGGAGCCCCACCGCCAAAAAUAACUCUCCAUCAAGCAACCAGCUCGAUCACACACACGCACACGCACACGCACAUCCCCUGGAUGCGUGCAUCGGUCCAAGCCGAGAUGCCGAAUGCGAGUCCGCACACCGCCUUUCUGGGCUCGAGCUCGAGCUCGAGCUCGAGCCCAGAGGACACGAUCGGCCACUCUGUUUCUCCUCGCAUGGGUCUCCGCAGCCACAGCCCCAGCCCCAGACUCCGCUGUCGUACCCAGCGCCGGUCAGCCAGUCGCCCGUGUCAGAUCGUAGCACGUCCGCCAGCAGCGAAGAGCUGGAUCCAGACCAAGACGGCUACAGCUCAAUACCCAUGCUGGCGCCAUCCAAGUCUGCUGCCCGCGGCCCCCCAAAGAAACGAUCGCGCCAGGCUGGCGGCGCCAAACAUCCUGCAACUGGAAGCCAGGUAGCAUCCGAGCCGGCCCGGUAGGAGCGGCUCGUGGGAUUCCCUGCUGCCGCGAACCCGCCUCCCGACACCGUCAUACUUCAUGAGCCCAUGUCAAUACACAUUUCAUUUUGAGAAGG